UUGAAAUAGGCGCAUCAUGUCUAGGCUUUGAUGCAUGUAAAUGCAAAUACAUGUUCAAACUAGGCCUGCUGGGUUCGGUUUCUUCGGUUGGUUUGGAAUUCGGUUAGUUCGGGUCAUUCGAAAUUUCAUCGAAGUGAAAAAAAAAAAGUUCGAUUCGGUUUUUGUUUUCACAAUUUUUUACCGAAGUUUUCGAUUUUGCGGUUAGUUUGGUUAAAUUAUUGGUUUAAAUUGAAUAAAAUUUGUAAAUUUGGUUAGUUCAAUUCGGAUUCAGGUUAGUUUGGUUAUUGAAAUUGAUAACCAGUUUUUUUUUUCACCUAACUUUUGAACCGAACGUUUCGGUUAGGUUCGGCAAAUUUAGUUCGGUUAAAAAUCCCAGCCUCUAUAUGGUUCUGUUGAUGAUAUAUAGUUCAAAACAUGCGAGGCAGAACUUAUAGAUAAGACCGCAGCCAUAAAUAAAACCCUCUCUCAUCUCAUCCGUAGACUUAAGACAUUCUCAAAGGUUCUAUCUGUUGAAAAGUAAAUUUGAUUUGGAUCAUAUUAUUGAGCUAAUAAUUCACUAAUCAUGUUUAGCCCAAAUUUAGCCAAAUAUCUAGAAUUAAUCUAACACCUCCUUAAGAUAAAGAUCUAGAUAUUGUUAUAGAAAUAUAUCUAGAUAAUUAAGAUAAAAUAAUCUAGAUAUUAUGUUAUAAUUAUCUAGAUUUAAAAUUAAAAUAUUUGAGAUAUUUUGUAAAAAGACGUUAUAAAUACCCCCACUCUCUUCUCAUUUUGAAUCAUCAAAAAACAAUUCAAGUUCCUAACAAUUAUCCAAGUAAUAAAAAUCAGCUUCUAAGUUAUAAAAACAUUUUUUCUUCAUAAAGUUUCAUUCUCUUCACACUUCCUCCAUAUUUACAAGAGUUUUUCAUUCCAACACUCUCAUCUCCAGAUCUCAUCCGUGGAACUAUGGGCGAAGAAGGCAAGAUUAUCGAUUUUGAGUCCGGGAGGCUGACACUCUUGUUCUGGAACAUGGAUGACUACCCAAUCCCUGUUGGUACUAGCGAUGAUCUUGGUGCUGUUAGUAGCAAUAUGUUUGAAGCUCUUCAUCAAAUGGGCUUUCGUGGGUAUAUGAGAAUGCAAGUGUAUUCUGAGCAGCAACGCGAGAGCUACGAUAAAGACUGGUGGAUGAAGAGCCUUAUCAGUUACGUACCCAAAUGUAAGUCAUAUUCGGCUGAUUUUUACAAAUUGCCGGAUAUCACUCUCGAUAUCAUUACUUUGACAUCAAGUGUGGGACCAGGACCAUCAAAUGUGGCCUUAAUCGCAAAGCCAAAUGGGGAGUUACUUAGGGUUCUGCGGUGUUUGAAAUCGAGGGGUCACGAUGUUCUCGUCAUAGACACCCCGCCUUGUUGUCCUCCUCUCUUUAGUGUAGAAUCUCUACUUGAGCAUGCACGACUUUUAGAUGGAGCAAAGCCUAGAUUCAAAGCUUUGUUAUCUGAUUAUAUGUAUUUGGAUGAUAUCGACGAAAAGGAUGUAGAGAUCCAAGAAGAUCUCUCCAAGACGGUAGAUUUCUCCGAGCGCAUCCCAACCGUCAAAGGGAUUAGGACAGCCGUCUUCUGGGAUGCCGUGGAUUGCCCAUUCCCUCUUUCUUCCUCUCCUGAUGAGAUCUACCACUCUAUCUCAUCAGCUCUUGUGGAAAGGGGUUCUAGUGAUAAGAUUACAAUCUGGGCCUAUCUUGAUGAUGAUGACAAGAAAGUUUCACUGGGUGGUAACAAGGAGUGGGCUUCCAGAAUCCACUUUCUUCCCGGAGGUGGGGAUUCUAGACGUAAUCGAAUGUUAAAUGACAUUUAUUUAUGGGUAAGGGACUCUCCUAGGUCGAACAGGAGGUCUUGUGAUACUAAUUUGCUCAUAUUCUCCGAUCAGUUCCAUGAUGACGCCUACUUCACCGAUGUGCUUCAACAAUUGAGUAAAAAAGUUUACAGGCUUCUCUUAGUCACUCCCACUCAGGACAUCAACGAACCAGAAAGCCCUGCAUGGCCAGGAUUGCUUAUAGAUGAAGGAGCAUACUGUUUUCGUGGCACCUGAGUGGUCGGGUUGGGUCUGGGCUGUUACCUGAAUUGCUUGCGUCACAAGAAGAAAUGGUUACAGCGGUGAUUUUAUAUCAAACAAUAAAAAAAAACUCGGUUUUAUUUUCGUUUCUAGCUUACAAAGUUAAUUGCCUAUGGUUUCCUUUUUAACUUUCAUUUGAACGUAAGACUUAUUGUAUCUUUUUAUGUUAUGUUUGAUUAGUCAAAACAGAAGCAUGCCUUUUUUUGACCA